UGAGCAGCCGCUGAGCGCAGCUGACGUCGCUGACGCGUAGAGUUUGAGAUCUAGUUCGUUGCCUAAGUCAUUUGAUUUUCACUUUUGACUGUUUGGGAUUGCGCGCGCGCUGAUUUAACCGUUAACCGUUACGCCGUGCUCGUUGCGGUGUUAUCAAUAGGUGUGUGUGUGUGUGUGUUUAAGCUUUUUGCUGGGAGUGGAUGUGAGAUUUGAGACCGGGUUGGGUCUGUGGCGCAUGUGAAAUCAUUACUUGCUUCAACGAUAAUUUCUACAAUUCGUGUGUGUGCGUGUGUGUGCUUUUCUUCUCCCUCAGUUGUUGCUGUAACUUAUGCUGGAUUAAUGCCAAGUUCCCCACCACCUACCGCUGACAUCAAGUGAAAGAAGGCCAGUGAAACGCAUUCACCGUCCUCGUUCAAGAAGCCAAAACGGGCGACGGGCAAUAACAACAACAACAGCAACAGUGGCAUACAAAAUUUUUGGAACGAACGCAUCAUGGAACGUUUUAUUAAGGCGAAUCUAUUCAUUAUCUGUUGUGUGGCAGCUGGUCUCUUGUUGAUCGUGUAUCUGGGUGCAUUCUCAUGUGAGGUCUCUUGGCUGCUGGAGGCACACGGGGAACUCCCCAUUGCCGCCUACACCCUCUGCACUCUCUUCUUUGUAAUGUUUGUGGCAACAACGAUAUUGAUUCAUGGCCUGGUCAGCGGCUUGUGUUGGCCACUGUUCGCCUGGUCGGUGGUAAUUGGACUGCUAUCAAUUCCAGAACUGGUGCUCGUGAUGCUCAUGACCACACAACAUUGGGGUCUGCAAUCGGUGCAUGGACUCACGGAGUUGACUUCCUACCUGAUCAGGCUGAUCAUCAAUUGUCUGGCCCUGAUCUGCGUCAUUCCCACAGGCAUUAAGUGGCGUCGGGAGACGCAGGUGCUGAAUCAGCUGCAGGGAUUGGCGACUCGUCUCUCCCUACAGACACCAGCUCCCAGUGUGCCGAUGACAAAGGCGGAUUCGCGACGUUCCAGCCAGCGGAUGAGCGGCUUCGAGAAUGCCGGCUAUCAGCUGUGUGAUGAGACGAAGCUGCCAUUGGGAUCGGGACUUAAUAAUCAUCAUAAUCAAUUUGGAUCACAGAAUGAGUUCAAUGCCAGCAUGUUUGCGCCUGCCAUGGCUCAGCAGUUUCAGCUGCCAGGACAGCGUGGAGGUGGAGCAGGAGCAGGAGCUCAUCGUGCUCAAUCCCUGAUGGAUCUGCGCUGUACUCUGCCCGGCAUGUACAAUCCACGUCAUGUGCUGGAUACGGAGGACAAGAAUGCCAAGUAUUUCAAUAUAACCAUUGAUGAUUUGAAAAACAAUCUACAGGAUUCGCAUAAAGCAUCGCCGCCAUCUUUGAUUGGCAGCACCAACAAUGAUCCCAUCUAUUGCUCCAUUGAGCCCAAGCAGCUGACUCCGCCACCUGCCCAACUGCGUCAUUAUCAACACCAACAACAUCAUCAUCAGCAGCAGCAGCAGUCAGCUCCAACAAAGCUGUCGAGGAAUUGCAUCUCCCUAGAGAAUCUCGAUGGGAUUAAUAAAGUGCAAAACGACUUGGCCGCCUAUGGCAACAAUCUGCUGCAGAACUACACACAACAGCAGCAGUAUUAUCUGGCCAUGCUGCUCAACAAUCCGCUGCAGCAACAGGCGGCGGCUGCAGCAGCCGCCGGACUCUAUCGUCGUCCCUCCGCCUGCAGUUCGACGGGUCACGGCGGACACGGCGGCCACACGAUGCUCACCGCUCAGCCUCAUCCAAUCCAACUGCAGCUGCAGCGACGCGGCUCCCAGCAGCAACUGCAGUACUAUGGAGGCUUCGGUUAUGCCAACUAUGCCAAUCCCUAUAUCACCGCCAACAGCAAAUUGUCGCUGGGCAACGAAUCCGACGAUUAUCGCAAGUAUCGCGAUGUGGCUCUCUAAACGGAAUCACACCCAGACUUACUAAUAGCCUCUUUUCACUCUUCAACAAAAUAUAUAUGCACUUUUUUCUACGUUUUUAUACAUUUUUUACUUUAUAAAU